CUCAAUUAUAUUCAUCAAGCAACCAUGCAAGGCCUACUCCUCUUGGCGCUCCCCUUGGUUCCUCUGGUCGUCCUCGCCGUGAUCCGGCAUGCAGGCCCGAUCAAAACGCGCCUCGCCACCGUCAUGUCGGCCCUAGCACCGAAGCUCCCCGCCGCCUGGAGGAAGCCAGUCUUCGUCAGCGACUGUGCCACGGCGUACCGCCUUCUCGUGCGCGGCAGCGCCAGCGGGUCCUUCUCCAACCGCCUGCCGUCCAUGGCGCCCAGCGCCGUCCUGUCCGCCGGCCGGCACCACAACAUCACCUCGGCGCCCCAUGGCCCAUUCUGGCGCGCCAUCCGCCACAACCUCACCUCCAACCUCUUCCACCCGACGCGCCUCCACCGCUACGCCUUGGCGCGCCGCAAUGCGCUCCGAGGUCUCGUGGCGGACCUCCGCGAGCAGCAGCAGCAGCAGCAGCACGGCGUGGUCCUCGCGGCGGAGAGCUUCCGUGACGCCAUUUUCAACGUGGUCUGCACCAUGUGUUUCGGCGACGGCGUUUACCCAGCCCUCGUACGCGCCAUAGCCGAUGCCCAGGACGACCUCGUCCACUACCGGAAUCGCACCCUAUGCCGACGGCCAGCCAUGACAAGCCGUCGGGUCAGGCCUAUGCCGACGGCCCCCGUCGGCAUUGGGCCGUCGGCAAAAUAUCCGUCGGCGUAGCCAGGAUGAUCGUCGGCAUAGAAAAGCCGUCGGCAUAGACCCUAUCCCGACGGUGGCCGUACAUCUAUGCCGACGGCCCUAGCCGUCGGCAACGUCAUCGCCUAACGGUGGCCGCCGUCAAGUGCUGCCCAAUGGCUUCUCGCCACGUGGCGAGACGCGGUUCAGCAUGGGCGUGUCUAUGCCGACGGCCUUGCCGUCGGCUUAGUUUGAAAUUAUGCCGACGGCUAGGCCAUCGGCAUAGACACGCCACGUGUCAGAAACUGGGCGCUCCUGGGGCAGGUCUAUGCCGACGGCCUAGCCGUCGGCAUAGUUUCAAACUAAGCCAACGGCUAGGCCGUCGGCAUAGACG